CUCCGGCGAAGCGGCAGCGGCGGCCGCAGCGGCGUUCAGCCAGCGCCGAGCAGCCGCAGCUAGCGCUGCGCAAGUGACAGUGAACAUGGUGCCCCGCCGAUCGCGACGCUUCUUUCUGGCCAGCUAGCGGUGCUUCCCCGACGUGUCCCUUGUGUGUGCGUGCACCAGUGACCAUGGUGGGUUCCUGAUCGACGUCGUAACCCGGAGUUACCGCACCGGUGCCGCUCAAUCGGCCCCCGAAAACACAACGACGCGCGUCAUGGAUGUGGUCGGCGAGGACCAAGCGCUGCAGGCGGUCUUGGGCCGAACUGACUUCGGUGGCAUCGACAACGACGCCCUCGACUUCAGCCAGUUAGAAGACUACAUCAACAACGACGGGAACAUCUACUUCCACGAUGAGCUGGUGAGCGGUGAGCCCCCGACGCCUGGCAAGCGACCGUGCGGUCCCGCCCCGCCAACUCCGGCUGGAUCCGGCCUCGGCUCUCUGGGGCAGCGCGACGCGCUGCCUUCCGUGGCCGCUCUGCUGCACGGCGCUCUCUCGCCGGCAGAGGCCGCCACCAGCGCACCCCAGCCUACGGCAAACUCCGGCCAAGCACUCGGGAACGGUAGCCGGCAGCACCUACUUCCGGAGAGUCCACCUGACAGCGGUUCCGAGCCUCCCUUCUCUCCAAUCGCAGAUGCAGCAGACGGGACAAAGGUGACCGGUUCCGGCCACGUAAUGCAGUCGUCACCGAGGCAGGUUCCUCCGAUUCUGCCACUACAUCUAUCCUACCACCCGGCAACGUCAGCAGCCUCUGUGCAACACCAGCAACCUCCCCCACCACACCUUGGUGCCACGCAGGCCCCUGGAGGCUUCCAGACCAGGGACCCAACUGGGGCUGCUGGUGGUCACGGUUUGCACCUCCUGCCUGGUAAUCUUGCCAAUGACAGUGAGCAGCAACAGCAACAGUUACUCAGCAUGCUCAGCAUGCCUCCUCAACAGUCAUCCGUUGUACCACUCUACAGAAGGUUCCUCCAACAGCAGGCACACCUUCAAGAUCUGGAGGACUUGGGCCGAGAUGAUUUCAUGCGUGAAGAGAUUCCCGACUGCUCUGGUAGCUCAAAUCCUAAGCGAAGACGACUGUCGGAUGCGAGUCAAUCCAAUGGCCUCGUGCAAGUGAAACAGGAACCAGCUGGGCCUGCAGUUACAGCAGCGGCAUCAUCAGCAGCAACAGCAGCCGCGGCAUCCGAUGGUGCAGCACCUUCACUGUCCCUCGUGGAUGAUGAGUGCAGCUAUGAUGCUGCUGCAGGCGGUAGUUCGCUCGACGGGAGUGGCUUCGCAGACUCCAAUGUGCCCUGCAUUAGCUUCCAAAACUUCCAGGAGCACACGUGGCUCCCACUCCAUGACAGGACUCUCCAACCACUGCAGCAAGUUGUGUUUCGAGCCGAUGCUGACAAGGGCUUCAACUUCAGUGCUGCAGAUGAGGCGCAUGUUUGCCAGAAGAAAAACCACUUCCAGGUCACUGUGCACGUGCAAGCUUUCGGGGAUCCUGCCUAUGUCAAGGUCCCCGAUGGACGUCUGCAAAAGAUUGAUGCCUUCUACCUGCAUUUCUUUGGUGUCAAGAGGGAGUCACCAUCGCAGACCAUCAAGGUGGAACAGUCACAAGCUGAUCGCACCAAAAAGCCUUUCUAUCCUCUUCCGGUCGACUUGAGCAAUAACCAGGCUGUGAAGCGCACAAUAGGGAGGCUGCACUUCAGCGAAACAACAUCCAACAACAUGCGCAAGAAGGGAAAGCCAAACCCAGACCAGCGCUAUUUCUACCUGGUGGUCAGCUUAUGUGCCCACUGUGGUGAUGCCGUCUACACCAUCGCGGCGCAGUCCUCUCAAAAAAUCAUUGUGCGAGCCUCCAACCCUGGCCAGUUUGAAAGUGACAUGGAGUUAACCUGGCAAAAGGGAUCGACGCACGACGCCAUCUACCAUAUGGGCCCUGUAGGAAUAAACACAGAAAGAACUGAUGAGAAGCUGGUUGUUAAUGGAAAUAUAUUGCUGUCAGGCCAUCUCAUUCAGCCAUCCGAUGAACGGGCAAAGUCAGAUGUUGUUGAGCUUGACACCAGAGAACAGCUCAAGAAUGUGGCAAACAUGCGCAUCUAUCGCUACCGCUACAUACCUGAGUAUGUGGAGCAUGCAGGCCUUAAAGAAGUGUCGGACACCGGUGUGUUGGCUCAGGAAGUGCAGCAGAUUCUUCCUGAUGCCGUGCGUGACGGUGGUGAUGUGCUGCUCGGCAACGGUGACUGUAUCGAGGGCUUCCUGGUCGUCAACAAGGAGCGCAUUUUCAUGGAAAAUGUUGGGGCUGUCAAGGAACUCUGCAAGGUGACCGACAGCCUCGGGACUCGAAUUGAUGAGCUGGAAAAGAUGAACCGUGCGCUCAACAAAAUUAAACGGGUUGACAGCGUCAGGUCCUGUUCCAGCAGUAAUAGCACAGUUAUCAGUCGCAGUUCCUUCCCCUCAAGGAGAAAUGCAUUGAGGGGCAAGAAGAAACAGGAAAAGCCCUUCUGCAGCAACAAACUUGUCCAAGGGACUAUAACUAUUCUCAUACUUGUCAUGGCAUUCUGCCUAGCUGCCAUGGCAUCAUUGUACAUUCUCGAAUGGCAGCGAAGGAAUGAUCUGGUAGCGAGUAGUUCAAUCAAUCGUCAUGUAUUGCCUGUAAACAGCAGCAGCCAAGCGGAACAGGGUACAAAAGGGCACAGCAACUCUGUUGACAAUGCCACUAAGUACAAGGACCCAGCAGACUCAACCAAACUUCAUCACGAUGAAAAUGAGUCCAAACUGCCACCCACCACAAGACGGAAAGGAACAGACACAAGCAGUGCAGUGCCCAUACCUUCCAAUGCUGCUGGCUCAGCAACACGAUGGACGCAGCCGUCAACCACACCUAUGCCUCCCUUGGCCACAACUUCUGUGCCCAUCCUGCAGCCCAAGGUGAUUGGUACACCCCCGGAUUGCUUAGAUGGCGUGCUGACAUCGUGUACUGCUCACUGCUGUGUGGCUGCUAUUCCUGAAUCUCAAGACAGCAAUGCUCAAAGGGUGGGUCCUGCAGUUGUUACUGCCACCGAGGCCUCCAAGUCAUCAGACAAGUCCAAUAACAGUGUACCAGACUCACCGGACCUGUCCAAAGCAAAACAGCCACUGGAUGACCAGCCCUUGCUGGACCACCUGGCUGACACUGGCAGUGGCCGAGUGUUUGUGGAUGUGCAAGAUAACAGCGCCCAGUGGGGCAAGCUGGGAGUGGUGCCCACUGCCCUCGUUCCACCUACACAGCCUUCACUUGAGCUGGGAUCUCUGCCUACGGUUGUGGAAACAGACCGUGUCCAGGAUGCCGAGGUCAAGCGUGCCGAGCACACUGACAAUGGUGCUGACAGCAUCGAUGCACUGGCUUCCUCCCAUCGCCGUUCCAAGGCCAUGAACGGCAGGAAAGGGGGCCACACAGUCGUUCAGUCAAUUCGACUACUUGAACUCAAUGUGACACUUGGCCAGGAGUACUGCAAUACACUACAAUGCAUCCUGAGGUCUGGGCCUACGUUCAGCUACCUGGUGCCACUGUCACGUUAUAUGCCUCUGCAGUAUGUUACUCUGCAGUUCAGCCUUACAGGUCCACACAAAAUGGCAAGCUGCAGCCCUCCAGAGAAGCAGAUAGGCUGUCCAGCUCCUCUGCCAGGGCUGGAUACACGACCCAUGGCUUCAUUUCUGCCUCAAGACAGAAACCACUGGGCAGAGGAAGCUGCGCCAUCUUGGAGAGUACCAAUUGGACUUUUCCUGCAAAGCAGCUACAACUUCAGAAUUCUCAAGCAAGGGGAACACUUCGAACAGCCCUGCAGCUUACCAAAGAGCAAGGCUGGUGAAUUGUUCUGGGAUUACAGCGUCACAUUCCACAGGCACUGCGAGAAGUGAAGCAGGAAUUGCCACACAUGACUCGUUAAUGCCUGAGCAGCACAGUGAGGCACAGGUGCUCCUGUCACGAAGAAGUGGACUGAGUUGGUGCCCAUCUCAAAAUGGCGGACAAAUCGCAACGCGAAGUGUGAAGUGCUAAGCGCCAGGCCGAACACAAACGGCCCCUCGACCCCAACUUCAUCACCCAAGUCAACAGGCCCACGUGCACAGCCCGACAAGCUGUGUGCCCACUUGAACUCUUGAGUGCCGUCAUUGUAAAUAAGACUUGAGUGACUGCGCUGGAAGGCUGCAUUGUCCAUACACAUUCCGUCCAGACUAGCCACGCCACAGCUGACGAGGGUUUCACAAUGCAAGUGACUGCAGAUCUACUGCACUAUACCAGCACAGCUCGGUGUCAUUUUCGUUGGAAUACUGUAAAAAUAUUGACUCGCAAGCUCAAUAUAUCACCUUAUUUUUUAUUUUUCACCCGCGCUCAUGCUUUGAAAUAGUUCACAGACAUCAAAUUUUGGGAAGUGGAUGCGUGUUUAAUGUAAGUGGAAAUUGUUUACAGCAGUGGUUUUUGAUGAAAUGUAGGCCUUGUAGAAGGCAGUGGAUGCUACAAGCCAUAAAAAAUUCAAAUGGACUGCUCCAAGUAGCAAUUAAGUCUCACAGAAGCUAGGCCUCCAUGAAAAUUAAGUUCUCCUGACAUGCUGCAAGGGUAGUAAAAACACUAAGAAAAAAAGGUGGAAAGAAACCCUCUGGCAUGUGAAAAGAGGGUGCACUGUUCACUGUGCUUGCAUGAAUAUAAUGCAGCUGCAUACAUAAGGCAGUAGACCUUACAAGGCCUGAUAUAUUUUAAAAAAUUUGAAUUGAUGCUACGACCAUGACAUGGUCUGAUACUGCAUACCACAACUCUAGCCAAGGGCUUGGAAAAGCAAAUUUGUGCAAAGACUUCUAGAGAAGCUGUCUGUGAGCUGUUUGUUCAUUCUGUCCAUCUCCAUUUGCUCAUUGUCGCUCUCCAUGUGUGGUGCAACUUAACAGUGAAGUUUGGUCCCCAUAAACUUUGCUUUGGUGCCAUCAUUGCAUUGUGCUUCUUUUUUUUAAUAUUGUGACCAGCUCACAGAUUAUGGAAUUCGUAAUAUUUCUCUCUUUUAGCAAUCACGAAAAUGUGUUGUAGUACUUUUUAAGAUGUUUCUUCCAUGGCAAGUUUCAACAACUUGUUGCUUUUUAAAAGUGUUUCUUAAAUUUUUCAGUACUCAUGACACCUGUCAGCUGGAGGUUUUAAGCAGCAUGGAGUGUUUAUUUUUUAUUAUAACACAGUGGUUGUCAGCGCUAAGCAGCUAGAAACGGUUCAUUCAUAUCAUGGAAGCUUCAGGCAUCAAAUGCAGACACAAUGGUAUACAAGUGCUUCUGGCUUGCAGGAACAACAUAUUGGUGAAUGAUCAGGCCUCGACUGGUGAACAAGGACAUGUUCAUGGCAAAGGCUCAUGUAUUCCUUGUGGUAUAUACAGUUCUCAUCCGAGUUGAAGCUAAUGCCAUCUAUAAUAACUAUGUAUUUAUUUUACCGAAAUAUCUUACGCAAAAUUUUGACAGCGGAAGUGCAGAAAUCGUAAUCUUAAACAGGCAAUGACGUGAAACAUUAGCUUUCGUUUUUAUUUAUUUUGGGAACUUUCUGUUUCCUCUUGCUUCAGUAUUCGUAACGAUUCUGUUACAUGCUUUUUAACUGCUAAAAUCAAAAUAUUUUAUAUCUGCAUAAACCGAUGCACUGUGAUGCACCUCUAGAUUUAGCUCUAAUCUAUGUGUCUAGUCAAAGGAACUAUAAACAAAAGAAUUAACUCAAGCUAGAGCUACAGAUUAUCCUUAGAGAAUAGCAUGCAUGCAUCUUUAAAUGCAAACAGGGCUCCAUUGAGCAAGAAAACAGAGUUGAAGUCAAGUAUGGAUGUCAGCCAAACCAUUUUUCAGUGGUGCAGCGUGUGAUGCAAUACGGAAAUGCAUAGCAGUUGCUACGGCCGAUUGUAUGUUUUGGAUCAGGUGCCUUUGCUCUUAACGUACGCCAAACAUUGCAAAAGACACAGGUGGGGGAAAAGACUACACACACUCAGUGGCAGCUAAAAGCUUUAUUCUGCACUCGGCACAAUAAAGUUGAACGGAGAUGUAGUCGUCAGACCCAGUAGGCCACAAAAGUUUGCAGGACACAGGAUCUGUGAGAAAGCUGAAUUCCCACGAAGCCUGCCUACAUAACCUCAAUUUCAAGGUUUCAGUGGGUAGUAGCCUUUGCACCACGCACAGUGAUCCAUUAAAUUGGAAGCACCAUGCCUUAACCGAGAGAAAUUUACGUUCAUCGUGGAACCUGUGCCUAGUAGACUUUCCUGGUCGGCUGUACAAGAAAGCAGUCAUCAUGGUCGCUGACGAAAAAACAGCCAGGAAAGGUGCGAUGGCGAGAUGGUGGGUCCGUUGCAAUUCCAUGAUUUACAGCAUCUUGCUUGUUUGUGUUAUGCUGCCUUGCUGGUGUUGGCGAGUGCAAUGGUUGCUUCUUUCUUGCAUGCCUUUCUUAGUGCUUAUAGUUUAUCUGUCUAACACUCGUGUCACCUUUUUUUUUUUCUUCUUAAUCUGUUGCGCUGUUCACUCUAUAGAACUUAACUAGCCCAAGUCAACACCUUGCUUCUUGCUAACUCAUAUCUAGUUCCCCCUUCGUUCACAUGGUCCUGUGAUGGGGCUCACAUAAAUCUUGUUAAGCUGCUCAUUCCGAGAAAAGGUAGUUAGGUGCUGCCCUUUUUUUUUUUGCCAUAUAUGUAUCAUAGUUUAGGGCUCACUCAAGUUUUCUUAACACAAGUAGAAAUGCUAGUACUUGUAUAAAAGAACUGUUGACUGCAUUCCAUUUUUUGAAUGAAGUGAUUUCGAAGGUCUGGCACCCAUCACCUUUCCUUUACCAAAUAUUGGAGCAUGCUUCACUUGCUCCCAUUUCAAAGGCAACCUUUAUAUCAGCACGCCUGACUAACAUUUCCUUCCUAAAGCGGUUUCACGCCUGGCCUAUGUUAACACCUUCAGCUGUCACUGCUUUCGAAAGCAAUGCAAUAACCUGGGGACUUUCGAGGGACCCAUGGCUAGUCUUCAAUCUCAGCUCGACAUAGUCUUUUAUGCUUUCUUGCAAGUGUCACAUCCUGAGGAUGCAAUGACAGUGCGAGCACCAAGUGCCCCCUUAUUUUGUGAACUCGCAGUGCUCUUCAAUUUAGUCUUGAGUUGCACUGUAAAUUAUGCGCAACAUAUAAUUCAGUGUACCUCUAUCACAGUCAGUUGUUUGCAGCACGACAGCCAUGUUUAUCAAAGCAACCUAAAAUACCAGUGGUUAAAGCCUCUUACUGUACAUCAAGCCCUUUUACUAGUGGUCACUCAAGACAACGGCCCUUACUGUUGCCAGCACUACUUUUUAUGCCAAGCAAAACAAAGAUAUACAAGCCUGCUGCACCAAGCAGUUUUAAUGUGUCAAACGGUUGCUUGCAUCGCCAGAAAAUGCCGAGGGCCAAGUACUCAAGCAAUGCUGAAAGCAAUACGGAGCUGUGAAACUACUGCAAGUGUGCUUAUUAGAGCGGUAUAAGUGUGUUAAAAAGGUCUUAUUUUUCUUUCUCUUUUGAAGAGAGCUGCAGUUCACCAACUCGUGAAACUCUCAGCCAGAUGUGGCAUAUGGCUAUGAUCUCUCCAUCGUUAUUGCUCCGUGGUCCUUGUGGUAGACCUGGCACUUCUCUUGACCAGGGGUUGUGUGUGUGCCAUUGCAGAAAUCAUUGAUGCACAUUCAUUUUUGUUCACAGUACUAUGUAUCGUAGUGCAAUAUGACAUGCUAUGUGCAACUGUUUUUUCCAGAAGGGGUCUCGAAGCAUGCAUGCACAAUUUAUAUGGACACUGUAUGCUUAAAAAGCGUUUGGCUAGUGGCAUCAGAAAAGUCCAUCACUAUUGUAAAUGAGAGAAAGAAAAAGUAUGUGUACUCGACAUUCACUAAGAGCUCCUGCCCUUUCCAUUCCGAAACGGGCAUUUUCCUACACAGCUUGCGCUCGGCAAUUCCCGCAGUCCCAAACCGGGUCCUUCAGCCCAUGACCAUACUGCAAAGGCAAAAUGUGCUGUGUUAACUAUGUAAUGCCUUGGCAGUUAAUGGUGCCAAAAGGCCAAGCUUAAAGGAACCAACAACCGACAAAAAUGCACUAGGAGGUUAUGGUGGAAACGACAGGAUUGUGCUUUAUGUUGAUAGAAUAUAAACUAUAUCCAGAGACCGAUAUUAGUGACUCAAUCAGGAAUUGUAAUGUAAGACGAGAUGAAGCAACACCACUACAAAACACUAGUACUACACAGCCUCUCCGCACAAUUACAAACCAUUAUGCGUAACUUCAAGUGCAGUGUGAUUUUUGCUUGAAGUGCUCAGUCAGAUUGUAUUCGCAUUUCUGAUCUUUCCAAUGCAUACUAUGAUGUAAAAUGCUCUUGCUAAUAGAGAGUUUUAGUAUAGCGUAAGUGGCACCACGCUAUACGCGAAGAAAUAGCGGGGUCAAACUGCGCAGGGGCCAGAAGCCACGUCAGCUUUCCGUGCCUCUGCUAUUUCUUGAAUUAAGCACAAGACACUAACAGUUGCACAAAUGGUUUAGCGUGAAAAACAUGGCGGCGCCUUCGUGGAGAGAGUUCUUCGCUUCACAUCUGUCGUCGUCCUACGCUGUCUGGUCUAUUCGUUCCCCGCAGGUGCUUGCAUUUGUCUUAGACUUGUGUCGUGAUGGUUCAACAGCAAAGUAUUAAUGACAACAGGGUGCCAUUUCCUAAAUCCGUCCUCAAUUUUUCGGGGCUUUAGGCUUAACAAGAGUGGCUGUACUAUGUACAUGGCCUCCGAGAUUCGGCAGUGCCAGCAACAAAUCACGUGUAGCCCGAUCUCAAAGGCCAUAGAUCAAGAAUGUUUGUAUUUUGUUUGUAGUACAGAGGGCACCACAAGCUAAAUCAUAAUUCACAGAAAAAUGAAGUGCCACCGUAGUCAUUGGUGUGCUCACAAUAUGCAUACAUCAUUGUAUUAGACUGCCAUCUUAUGUUUGGCAAGUUUACUUGUACUAUGUCAACCUUUAUAUCUAGGUGGCGUCGCAACUGUUUGCAUUAGCAUUCCAUUCGGUUUCGCUGUUGUCAAAGACUAGUUCGUGCAGUGCUUCGAAACGUACAAUAGCACUAACGUUGCUUCACUCGCUCACGCUAACAUUUUACACUAUACUAAAGCUCUCUAGUAAGUGCCACUGCUUUUGCAUCAGUAAGCGAAACAAUAUUGCCGUUCAUUGCAUGAAAACCCACAUAAUUGCUUCUGUACAAGGUGCAAAUACAGAAGCUAAUUAUAUGGGUUUUCAUAUAAUGAACGGCAAUAUUGUACGUGCAAAUAACCCUGCCUGCUGCAACAUCACCACCACCACCACCAAGGUGCAAAUAUUGUUCUGCAUAAACAGCAGAGGACAAGAGUACGGCAUAAACAUGAACGUAUAAAAUUAAAAUUGUCUGCAACAAUUCAUCGCAACUGCUGCAGUAUGGGGCACUGGGCAACGUAAGCCUUUCGUUGCACUAGAGAAAUACAAGCUUAAAAGUAGGCUGCUGGUCCAUUCCAUAAUAGCCCUUUUGCCAUCGAAAUACACUCUUUGGCCAACAGCUGCGAGUAAAAUAUGCUGUCCUGCAUACAUAAUACGGAACAUGACUAUGCCAAACAGAAUUUGUUUUGUGUGUGGGUCAAGCUAAAUUGGCUAACAGCAGCAUUAAGUAUUGGCAUCUGACACCAACUCGGACAGAAUGGCACUUCAAAACAAGAACGAAAAUGGAGUUCACACAUGCACACAUUAACGUAACCUGUGCAACUUGGAUGCUUUAGUACAAGCUCAACUGCCCCCUUUAACAUUCCUCAAUUGUAUUAGUAGCCAUGCUCAAGAGAUCAAUUUCUUCAGCUGUACUGCCUGCAUAUGAGAAGAUGCAACAGCUAGAAACAGUGGAUGCACCAUGCAAAGAAAAGUACUGCCAAGUGUUUAAAUAAAUGCUUAACCAUCACAAGGAACACCAGCACGUUCCAGCCAACUUUAUUGCAGACUGAAAGUAAGAACAUUUGUGUCUAAUUCGGUGAACAGCAGGAACACUGAGAUUAAAGAUGUUGUGUACA